UCUUCUCUCGAGACUUUGAAAGGUCAACCAGUGUCGUGUAGUCUGUCCAGUCCAGUCCAGGCUACUUCAGCUGUACGUCUCUGUCACUGUAAAUUCACAGGUCUGACCAUGCGGAGUUUGCGUCUAUUCCUGAUCCCUACACUCCUGCUGCUCCUCGCCCUUCCUGUAUCCAGGGGCCGCUACAAUGACGACUUUGACGAUGGUGAGGACCUGGCAGAUGACAAUGAUUUUGCUGAGUUUGAGGAUAUGAAUGACGACCCGGUGGCCGAGACAGAAACUAUGCCUCCGCCGCGCGUCUCGUUUCCAUCUCAGGUCGAUGACGAAGAAGAUGAAGACGAAGCCACUGUAGAACUGGAGGAUGGCCAGGAUGGCUUUGAAGACUCAGAGACACAGGAUCAAGACAUCUUCAGCAAAUAUGACCAGGAGGAGUUCGAGGGGAUCGGAGACAUGGAAAAGACAAUCCACUCAAUGAAGGACCCUCUCAUAAUCCACCAGGUUCCUGCUCACCUGCAGAACAACUGGGAGAGUUACUACAUGGAGAUCCUGAUGGUGACGGGUCUGCUGGCGUACAUCAUGAACUACAUCAUCGGAAAGAACAAGAACAGCCGCCUCGCUCAUGCCUGGUUCAACUCCCACAGAGAACUCCUGGAGAGCAACUUCGCACUCGUUGGUGACGAUGGCACCAGUAAAGAAGCAGUGAGCACUGGGAAGCUGAAUCAGGAAAAUGAGCACAUCUAUAACCUGUGGUGUUCUGGCCGUGUCUGCUGUGAAGGCAUGCUCAUCCAGCUCAAGUUUCUGAAGAGGCAGGAUCUGCUCAAUGUGUUGGCGAGGAUGAUGAGGCCAGCCUGUGAUCAAGUGCAAAUCAAAGUGACUCUUAACGAUGAGGACAUGGACACGUUUGUGUUCGCUGUGGGCACCAAGAAAGCCAUGGCCCGACUCCAGAAGGAGAUGCAGGACUUGAGUGAGUUCUGCGGUGACAAGCCAAAGUCUGGAGCCAAGUAUGGACUCCCAGACUCCCUGGCGAUUCUGAGCGAGAUGGGCGAGGUCACAGACGGGGUGAUGGACAAUAAGAUGGUACAUUAUAUCACCAACCACGCCGACAAGAUCGAGUCCAUCCAUUUCUCGGACCAAUUUUCUGGUCCAAAAAUUAUGCAAGAGGAGGGUCAGCCCUUAAAGCUGCCUGAGACCAAGAAGACGCUGCUGUUUACAUUUAAUGUGCCUGGAAUGGGCAACACCUCUCCCAAAGAUAUGGACACUCUGCUUCCUCUGAUGAACAUGGUGAUCUACAGCAUCGACAAAGUCAAGAAGCUCCGCCUCAACAGGGAGGGUAAGCAGAAGGCGGACAGAAACCGGGCCCGUGUGGAGGAGAACUUCCUGAAACAGACUCACGCUCAGCGUCAGGAGGCGGCUCAGACUCGGAGAGAGGAGAAGAAGAGAGCGGAGAAGGAGAGGAUCAUGAACGAGGAGGAUCCAGAGAGGCAGCGUCGUCUGGAGGAAGCUGCUCAGCGCCGUGAGCAGAAGAAGAUUGAGAAGAAGCAAAUGAAGAUGAAGCAGAUCAAAGUGAAAGCCAUGUAAAGACGACAGGGACAGCCAUUCAAGCACAGCUGAAAACAGUGCUCGUCUCAGACCGUUUCUUCCAGCUUCUCUCGCCACAGCUCUAAACUGACAUCCUGCGCCUCUGGAUGCGUCCGGCUUUAGCUGUUUGUGUCGCCACCUGCUCCGUUCGGUGUCAUCUCGACUGUCACUGAACUGUCCAUGUCACGAAAGAGACACCGAGGGGCUUCUUCUUCUUCACCACAGUUCAUGCCAAGAUUUUCUGUCACGUUCUCUUCUCAAACGUCUUCGAAGCCCUGUGUAGCUCGCUGAGCUUUUUAAACUGUCAACACACUAAGAGGUGGUUUCAGCCACGUUUUAAAAGAAAUUAAAGCAUCGCUGUGUCAUCAAAUGUACGAGCAUUAACAUAAUCCUAAAUAAUGCUGUCAGAUUUUUUAUUUAUAUCUGCUAUGGAAUUCACGAGGUUUAAUGCAGGCUGUUUCUAAUGAUAUCUGAGCGAAUACAAUAAAUGCACUGGAGUCUGUUCAAAA